ACGUUAGUCACGUGAUGAUCACAUGACGUUUACGAGGAAGUCACAAGCUACGGUAUAAAAUACCCCUCUCUUUUGGCUCUCUAACGCACGGGCUUUCAUGUUGUUUCGGUUCCUUGUCAGGGAGCUUUUAAGAUGUUAGCCGCUGGCCACUAUGUAGCUUUGCUUGCAGCGUUCCAGCUCGGCUCUUGGGCUCACUAUGCCCCCGACGAGGUGACCCAUCUCCCCGGUAUGACGUUCAAACCCAGUUACCGUCAGUGGUCGGGACACCUGCAGGCACGACCUGGCAAGUUUUUACACUACUGGUUUGUGACCUCUCAGAGGGACCCGGUCAAAGACCCGCUGGUGCUGUGGCUAAACGGAGGCCCAGGCUGCAGCUCGCUUGAUGGAUUCCUAUCAGAGAAUGGACCCUUCCAUGUAAAAGAUGACGGAGCCACUUUGUAUGAGAACACUUUCAGCUGGAACAGGAUCGCUAAUGUGCUCUAUUUAGAAUCUCCUGCAGGGGUUGGCUACUCCUACUCCAGUGAUGGCAACUACACCACUGAUGAUGAUCAGGUCGCUGAGGACAAUUACAAAGCACUGCAGAGUUUUUUUGCCAAAUUCCCAAGCUUCACUCGAAAUGACUUUUUUAUCUUUGGAGAAAGUUAUGGUGGAAUUUACACACCAACUCUCAGCAUGCGCAUCGCUUCAGGGGAAAACGGUAUCAACUUUAAGGGUUUUGCAGUGGGAAAUGGUCUCAGCAGCUAUUCACUCAAUGACCAGACGUUAAUAUAUUUUGGUUACUACCACGGCCUUUUUGGAGAAGACUUGUGGCGUGAUUUAAACCAGUAUUGCUGUGAGAAUCAAAGGUGCGACUUCUACAACUCCACUUCGGAGAAAUGCCUGAUUCUGGUGAAUGUGGCCUUUCAAAUCGUGUAUGAUAGUGGUCUUAAUGAAUACGCACUUUACUUGAAUUGCGAAGGCCGCCGGGGGUUUCACAAAGGCUACGAGAGGGCCAUGAGUCACCUGUUCAAGGGUUACAGAAAACGCAUCACAGAGAUUUCAGGUGUAGCGCCGUUCUCUAUUUCUCUGGAAGAGGUACCCCCCUGCAUCAACAGCACAGCUCAAGCCAACUGGCUCAACAGAGGCGACGUGAAGAAAGCUUUGCAUAUUCCUGACACGCUGCCAUCAUGGGACCUGUGCAGUGAUGCUGUCGGGCAGAAUUACACCAACCUGUACCCAUCAGUGAAGGAAGUCUAUUUGAAGCUGCUUUCUUGGGGCCUCCGAGCGCUUGUCUACAACGGGGACACAGACAUGGCUUGCAACUUCCUUGGAGAUCAAUGGUUUGUGGAAGACCUCGGCAUUCAGGCUUCAACAAAGUACCAACCCUGGUACCAUGACAAACAGGUGGCAGGUUUCUACCAGCAGUAUGGAAACAUCACCUUCCUAACGGUUAAGGGUGCAGGUCACAUGGUUCCACAGUGGGCGCCAGGUCCAGCCCUUCACAUGUUCCAGUCCUUCAUUACAAAUCGCUCCUACUGAGCCUUCUUUGUUGGAAAUGUGCGUUGAUAAACAUGCAGUUAUUACACUUUUUGUCAGGGAUUUUGAGGGGAAAAGGUAUGUUCUUACAGAACACGAAGUGUAGUUUGAGCUUUCUUCAUGUUGGACAUAUUUCAAAUCAUAUUUACCACAACUUUACAUAACCUAAAUUUGACUUUUUAGGCAGUGCAAAGAAGUGUCAUUGUCUGAAUUGUGAUGAAAAUCUAUUACACUCAAAUCAGUCUGCACUUUUCAGUCAUGCAAAGGGACUUGAAGCUGGUUUCAUUAAAAUUGUAUUUAAAAAAAUAUA